UUAAAAAACGUAAACAUAAGUGCAAAUUACGUACUGUUACUAGUAACAGCACACGGUAUAGUAGCGUGUACACCGAAGCUUUUACCGUUUUGCAUCAAUCAGAUAGGUAUAAUUGUUUUGCACUGACAUGUCUGACCGUAAGCCCGCUGAAUCAGGCGACACACCCGCCGAACCGGAACCUCCUUAUCCGCGUCUGCGGGCGUUUAUUCCGAAACAGUUACGAGAUUUCGGCCACUUUAUCCAGUAUGAACAUGUGGAGCCGGUGCAUAUCAUUCAGCGUCCCAGUAAUCGGGAACGUCAAGAUCUGUUUGUAGAAAAAAUCUUUACCAGUGUCGGCAUCCAAGAGGGCUGCACCCGCUCCAUCAACUCUACGCAGACGGAACUACCGGAAACAGAGACACGCUCUGUUAAUUUCGUGGAAGGCGCCUGGCCCAAGGAUGUCCAGGUCACGGAUCCCGAACAGACGCAGCGCUAUCGAAAGAUUAUCGAAAAGGAAGAACCGUACAUCACAUUUUUUACAGCUGCCGGAAAGGAAGUGGAAGAAAUGGCUAAGGAUAACAACAUUUUCAACUACCUGGAACAAUAUUUCGACGAAGACGAGGUUGACGUGACGUAUCAAGACGGCUUCAAAUGCCAGCUUAUUGCAGAGUACCACGAUUCUACCUGCAACUACAACCGGAAAGUUCAGGACUUAUUCUUCUUCCCGAAAGACGCGGGUAGAGUGGCAGUGGCUUAUCAGGAAAUUGGUCAGAACGAUAUUCCCUACAAUGAUGCCGCUCUCUUUGGAUCCAUAUGGGAUGUUAAUCUUCUGUACAAACCGCUGCAGAAUUUUAUACCGCCUUUUCGCCUGUAUUCCAUUAUAUACAAUCCGAAAGAUAUUAACAGUAUAGUUGGAUCACUCUGGAGCGGACAACUUUGUCAAUGGGAUCUGCGGGCGGGAGAAGAACCUAACGUAAUCACAGAUCUAGAUGUGGGCCAUCUUAAGAUCUGCCGAAAAGUGCAGUGGCUGCAGUCAAAAACUAUGACGGAUUUGGUGUCAGUUGGUAUGGAUGGACAGAUGAUAUUCUGGGAUAUACGCAAAUGGAACGAGCCCGUUGAGAAAAUCAUCUUGGAUCCCAACCGCACGAAGAACCCGGCGAUGUCCGACGGUGCCCCUUGCGCUUGUGUGGAUUUCGACCAAGGCAUUCCCAGUCGAUUGUGCGCUGGCAGCGAGAAAGGCUACAUCUUCAACAUCAACCGCAAGUCCAAAAGUGCCCAUGAGAAGAUUACAUGGGUGUGGAAGGACAUAAUCACACCGGUACUCACGCUGCAGCGCAACCCAGCCCAUCCGCGUUACAUGUUGACCGUCAGCUGUGACGAUGUCAAGAUUUUUGCGGAUGACUGUCGUGAUAGCUGGAUCAUCAAUACCAGACCACAGGAAGGUCACUUUACAUGCGGAUGCUGGAGCCCGACACGUUGUGGUGUCUUUGUGACCACUCAGACCACCGGACAGUUUUGCGCAUGGGAUCUGAAUCGCGGGGCACGAUGUGUUGCGCCUACCGCAUCAUUGCAGGUGGAUCUGCAAUGUUUGACGUGUGUGACGCCACAUGAGGAAGGUCGGUUGUAUGCCGUCGGGACAAUGAAAGGAACAUGGGGCGUCGUCGAAGUCAGCAAUGCACUGUACAUUCCCACGCAGAAAGAAAAGACGGAUGUGGGAGAGUUAUUCGAAAGAGAAGGUCGGCGAGAGAAGAUUCUCGAAGGGCGCGGCCGUGAGAAAUUGGCUGCCAUUAAGAAGGAAGCGGCCGCACGUGUCGAAGCCAUUGCUCUGGCGCAAAAAGCCGGUAAAUCUCUACCGGCCUUUGAGCCGGAAGAUGUAUUGGAUCCUGUGUACAAUAUGCCGUUCCGUCCCGGUCCGAUUAUACCACCGGAACCGGCGGCCAAGAAAGACAUUGUUAAAGAUAAAACAACUGACGUCUACCAGGAAUCUAUCCGCCAAUAUGAGCAGUGGGUAGCCGAUGAAGACGAGGAGAUGCGGCACAAUCUCCUGCCGCAGUUCUUCGACUGGCAAGUGGAGGACGAAGGCCCCGGCAGCAUUAUGCGCAAAAUGGGGGAACGGGUGCCGCGCAAUCGCGGCAUUCCCACCGAUGUGCCACUGAGCGCCGCUGCCCAGGCAGCACGUGAUGCUGUGCCGGUGGUGGAGUAUCAGCUGGGUGUGGAUGAGGCACCGAGCCGACCGCUGGAGACGGUGCAGUCCGGCCCGCAGCCGCCUGAACCCGGCGAGCAGGUGGAGCUGCCGAUGGAUUUCGCAGCGGAGACUAAAGAGAUGGUAGAAACAGCCGAGCCACAAGCACCGUAAAGUGGCAAUAUCCCUGGAAGCGUUUUGACCGCAGGCAGAUACCGAAUUGUACCAAAGCGGGUUUUUAUAUAGUGUCGCUUCACCUUCACUUGCCUAAGGCAUUUUGUGCUCGCAUUUCAGCAGUGUGGUAAGCAAGUGUUUUCUACUUUCGGUGAUGCACGGAUUUUCUAAGGUGUUGAUUUUCGGUGUGCAAUCUUUAGAGUAUAGCCAAGAUGUCGGAUGUAGAAGAUUUGGAUAUACGAACAAUACCGAUUAUUUUGUACAUAAUG